AUGAGCACCUCUGUAUCCAUCCAUUCGGUAACGCUUGACGCUCUUGCCGUGGUCGUGCAACUUCCAGAGAGUGCCACUCGCUGCGGCAUCGGGGGUGGAGACGGUGUGCACUCAAUCAUGGCCCUUCAGAUCGCACUGGCGGUGGACGUCCCCCCUCAUGAGAGCGCGAAGAACUUCAAGGUGGCCGGGUACGAUUGCGUCUGGCAUGACACCACCUUCGACGACAAGUCGUCCGAGCACGCCAAAUAUAAGAUGUGGCAGUCGGGGAUGUUUGUGGGCCCAGACGGACCUCACGAGAAGAACCACAGCAAGGAGUGCCAGCGGCAGUACAGUGGUUUCACGACUUGUGAUGAGCUUGCCGGGAUCAACCUGAACCCGCACGAACAGGACCAUUCGAAGAAGGCGUUGUACCUUCGAUCGCUCAAUACCAUGACAUCUUCCAACUUCACUUUCGCGCUAAGGGUGAUCAACGAGCGCCAAAACCAGGGGUUCAACAGAAAAACCCUGAGGACGCUUUUAGCAAGUGUCACGGAACACCCAAAAGAUAGCUUUGCUGGCUGUGAAGCCGCCCUGUGGAGGUGCGGCAGGCGCUUUUGCGGGAAGCCCGUCAUGCGCGUAUUCGACUGCCUGGGGAGGGUGGACAUUGUCAUGCUUGCUACGGUGCUCGGGUCGACCGCUUGAGUAUUGCAGAAUGGGGGAAAACAUGGUAGAGUAUUGUUCACGUUGGGAUUGUGCCUGAAGAGUUGGAAGUGGGCGAAAGUCAGAAAGGUAUCCGAUUGAUAGUUCGGCCGGGCAGGCGUUUUGUAAUUUGUCGCGUGGGACGUAGUGCUUUGGUGGACGUGCAAGGUGCAUAUGCGAGGUAUUGGCCACCAGUUUCCCCUUAACGUGUACUCCACAGUCGGUUUCGUGUGUUUGCGGAUUUCAACCCGUGUUUAGGGUGGGUGAUGCACAUGGUGGUGAUCCAAUGACUGACGUCUUUCAGGGCACACGCCCGUUGUGUACAAUUGUAGAUUCAGUUUGAGAUGGUCUGUUGUUGUUUCGCCUUGUUGGGCCCGUGGUGUGCGUGUCGGUCCCCGACGCAGCGAUGCAUGGUGCACCGAGAGUGCUUCUUAGGAGCUGAAAUUUUCGAGCAGUCUUGUCCUCCUCUGCCAGUGGCUCCUGUUUCGCGUGCAUGCUGGAUUGUACUGUGAAGCGGGCCUAAACCAGGGGCUAGGCCACAACGCUUCUGGUGUGCGUAUGUUCACAUGAUAUAUUCUUCAGGGUCGUCGUUGGUGAUACAGCGGGAGGUUUGCACUCGAAAAGGUGUGAAACAAAACGUUUGCACUCCUAACGUGUAAAAAAUGACGUGGUCAACAAACACCGGCGUUGUUGUGAUCGUCGGAAAUGCGCCGUAAGGGUACCCAACUCAGGUUGGACAUCCACAAUAAGCCAAUAUCUCUACUUACUCGACUCGUCCAGAUAGUCGGUGGGCACGAAGACUACUAUUUUUCUGGGUAACGUCGACCGGAACACGUUGGAAACGGGCGCGUCCCUACCCGCGAGUGGGGGACACGGGGGGCAUCGAAAAACAUUUCGGCAUUUUUUCGGAUUGAGAUGGCGCCCGAAAGCGUGCCGCGUGAUGAGUAUGAGUGCCGGGCCCAGUCCGUCUUUUUCCACACCGGU